AGGGGAUUCAGGAGGAGGGUUACCGGCUUCACACCGAGCCUGUCAGCCAGGCACCGGGUGGGGGGCGGGGGGUGGCGAUAAAAUGUCGAACCGAAAGCACCGGGACAACCAGGAGAUCUGCGCCCGCAAGGUCCGGGAGCUGGCCCAGUCUGGAGUAAACAAACACUGCUUCGAGUGCAACCAGCCCGGGGUGACUUACACCGACAUCACGGUGGGCAGCUUCGUCUGCACAUCGUGCUCCGGAAUGCUGAGAGGCCUCAACCCUCCCCAUAGAGUCAAGUCUAUCUCCAUGACAACCUUCUCCCAACAGGAAGUGGAAUUCCUCCAAAACCAUGGCAAUGAGGUCGGCAGGAGGACCUGGCUGUGUGUGUUUGACCCAAAGACGGACGGCUGCGCCGACAUGAAGGACUCUCAGAAGUUCAAAGAGUUCCUUCAGGACAAAUAUGAGAAGAAAAAGUGGCAUUUUUCCAAAAGUAAAAACCGGAGGGACGUCGAAGGUCCGUGGAGCCCGGGGGUCCAGGCCGUGCCCCCUUCCCAUGGUCCCUUAGCGAGCCAGGCCCCCUCCCACAACCUGCCCCCCAAUGCCAGGUCCACAAGGCCACUGUCUCAGUCCCAGCUGCCGUCAUGGGAUCGAGCUCCCGCGAUCUCGCCCGCCGACAUGCGGACGGACGUGUUCACCGCCCGGCCAUCGCGCUCCCAAAGCUUCAGAGACCCCCCUCUGAAAGAUCCCACCCUGUGUGGGAUAGAAAGACAGCGGCCAGGCUCCCUGUCGUCAGCGUUGGGAGCUCAGAGCCACGCCCCCUCCUUCCCCGCCCUCCCACGGCCCUCAGCCAGUAGCUCUUUCAAAAACCACUUCACUUUAGGUCGUACAAUAUCGGCCUCGGGGACCACGGGUCCCUUCAGGGCCUUCCCCAAGUCUCUCAGCGUUGACUUUGGAGGUCUGAACCACCCCCAGACGCAGCCUCUGCCCCAGUCUCUGUCCCAGCAGCAUCAGCAGCAGCAGCCUGGAGGCGUCGGCCAGACGCCGCCGCCAGUCGGCGGCUCCAGCACCCAGGACAGAUACGCUGCAGUGCUACAGCUGGACAGUGUCUUCUCUGACACAUCAUCGACCACAGCUCCACCUGGUGGUCCUCCGCAGUACAGCACCAUCUUCGGCAGCAGGCUCUCAUCCAGCUCUACUCCUGCCAGUUCCCCCGGUGUCGAUGCAGUCUCCAGCUCCCAAACAUUUGCAAAUUUCCCCAACCCAUUCAGCUCCAGCUCCGGCUCCCAGCAGCCUGUUGCCCUCUCCCCCAGUAACCCCUUCAGCAACGCAUCAGGAGGUGACUCCAGUGCGUUUGUCACCUCUCCCACCUCCGUUUUUCCUCCAUCCGCCCCCUUCCCAGCGCCCGGCGAGUCAGCCAGCAACCAGGAAACCAACGGUUUUGCCUCCUUCCCGGCGUCCGACUCUCAGCCCAAAGUCCCUCGGCCGAUGUCGGUGAACCCGUUCACGGGGAAUGUUUACCCCAGUCGGGGGACGUCGAGAAAUCCUUUCAUCUGACCCCCCCCCCCCCCCCCCCCCCCCCCCCCCCUUCACCUUAGGUCACACGCCCAUCCAUCUCUGGGAACCGAGGGAGAAGUGAACUUGAGGAGUCGCUGCCAUUUCAAUGCCUUUGGAGUAUUUUCACCCUCUGGGGAGGUGUUUGACCCUCACCUCCCUCCUCUCUCUCUCUCUCUCUCUCUCUCUGUCUGUGUUUACGUGUUUGUGGAGGAAAAAAAAAGCGUGAAUGUAAUUAUGAAAUUCAUGUAUGUGUGAAAUUGCCCCCCACCCCCAUGUUGUCUAUAUGUCAAAAGGUGUUUGUGUGCCAGUACACGCCACCUCAGGGCUCUGUGGGAGUCACGAGGAAAAGACGCCUCUAUGAUUUUUGCAGGAACACACACGUACAUACAUGACACGACACACACACACACACACACACACACACGUCGCUGAUGCUGCUGCUGCUACUUUGCUUUCAUCUCCUGCUUAAAAGUGCAAAAAACAAAACAAAACCCAGCCCGCCGGUAAACACAUCAGCGUCGCCUCUACUUUAAAAACUCUCAGUCGUCCAAAGGAAGAGCCAGUCGAGACUCUGCAUCACAAGUUUCUACAAAUGGAAAUAACAGCCUUAACAGCCUCCUGAUGCAGGUGAAUUUGCGUGGACGGAUGAGACGGGCUUCUUCUUGUAGUGGGUGUGUGGAACAUGUUUGACAUUUGUCACCGUGUGUUUCCCUUUUUUGUCGGGUUUUCCUUUAAAGUCUGUGUUUUCCACUCCUAGGCUGCAUGCGCUUAGAGGGCUAAAAGGAGAUGCUACUGAAUGUAAAAGCGAUUUCAGAAUAACUUACGUGUAUAAAAACAUCAUGGCUUCAUGUACCGGACCAAAAUGUUUCUCGCUCUUUUUUUUUGUUUUUUCAGUUGACAUGGAGGCGGAGUUCAUUUCAUGUAUUUUGCCAAAAAAAAAAAAGAAAAAAGAAGAUCAGAGAUUCAUGUAACAACGUCUUUGUAAUGACAAGUAUUCAUGUUCAUAAAAUCAGUUUGUUGCU